UUUAAAACAAAUUUUCUCACGCAAAACAUGAAUCAUGUUUCUAGCCGUUACCCCCGUCCCAGAUAGCUGUAAUCUUUCAUUUAUCUGUUCUGAAUAAAAACUUUGGAAUACCCAAAAUCUGAUGUUUUCUAAGUAGCCUCGAAGAAAUGAAAACAGUGAAGGUGAAGCUUCUCAAAAAGCUCAAAACAAUCGGACAUCGUAAGCGGGAAAGAAUCAUGCGAUUGAGGGCUUCCGAUGGGUAUAUUCCGGCAUCCCCUCCGCCGCCGGCGACCGAUCCCCUCGCUCCGCCGAUCCCCAUUUUCUUUCAAGGAGAAGAAGAAGAACCCAGAAGUACUCUCCAGAGCCUUGUCAAAGAUCAAGAACCAGAGAUCAUUGAAGUUUCUGAGCUGAUGAAGGAUCUUGAAGAUGAAGAAAUGGAGUUUCUUGAUGACGUGGAAGACAAAGAGAACAUCAGACCUUCACCGGAGGCAAAAAGAUUGGAAAAUCUUAGUCUAAUGAAGGCAAAGAUUGAAUCUUUGACAAAGUGGGAUUCAGGAUUUUUCCCCUUUUCCGAGAUUGAUUCAAUCGAAGAAGAAGAAGGUAAAGAUGAACCUCCUGCAAAAGUGAGAAAAAUGGAAGGAAAGGCUAUCUCCCUUUUAGAUUUUGAGGAGAAAUGUCCACCUGGGGGAAGUGAUUCAGUAAUUGUAUACACAACAGGGCUGAGAGGGGUUCCAAAGACGUAUGAGGAUUGUCAAAACAUGAUAUUGCUUCUCGAGAACUUUCGGGUUUUGUUUUUCGAGAGAGACAUCUCGAUACAUUCGGAGUUUAAGGAGGAAUUAUGGAGAAUGUUAGGACAAGAAAACAAGAUGAAGUUGAUUCCACCAAGGCUGUUCAUAAGGGGGAGGUACAUUGGGGGAGCUGAAGAAGUGUUUGCCUUACAUGAACAAGGGAAGCUUAGGCCUCUCCUUGAAGGCAUUCCUCUUGAUGUGGGACAAGAGGUUUGUGGAGGGUGUGUGGGGAUGAGGUUCAUCUUGUGUUUCAGAUGCAGUGGGAGCAGAAAACUUCAUCUUGAUCAGAAUCAUGAUUAUGACAGUGAUAAUGGUAAUGGUGAGUGGAAGAAAUGCCCUGAGUGCAAUGAGAACGGGUUGAUUGUUUGCCCUUUCUGUUGUUGAAUUGAAAAUGGAUGUUAAGAUUUGGGAUAGUUUACAUAAUUACAUUGUUGAUUGUGAUGCCAAGUUGGCAACAUAUCAAAACCAAUGUAUACAAUGUCUUAUAAUUUAUAUAGUUCAUUACUAUGAUAAA